UUCUUUCUGAGAAAAUGAAGUAGUGGACCCUAUAAAGAGGGUCUUGGCAGCACUGAGCACCUACCAUACUAUGACAUUAUCUAGAUACUUUAUUCACUUUACCUUAUUUCCCCUGUAAAGGUUCUAUUAUCUUCACAAUACAAAUGACUACAGAAAUUCAGUGAAGCGAUGUCAAUUGCUUUAUAUCACACAGCUCCUAUGUUCCUGUGUUAAAUAAGGACUCAAACCGCAGUCUCUGGCUCUAAAGUAUGUUGUACAUUACACCACUCCACCCAAUGAACAAAUACUGCUUUUGGGGCUCCAUGAUUUGCAAGGGUGGUUAAAGAGCCCAGUCAAAGACAACCUGGAAGUUCUUAAGCAUGCUAAGAACCUGGAAGUUAUGCUAGAAAAAAGUCAGGGCUGCUAUUCAACCAAUUUUCCCAUAUUUAUUUACUCUGUCCCUCACAUCUCUAAAAUGAAAAUGCACCUAAGUUUCAGGGGAGAAUACUGGGGGCACUAUCAGCCAAUAAAAUGAAUAACAAGAAGCAAAAGGCAGCCCCUGCUAACUGCGAGGCGGUCCUGGAAGGGCUGCCUUCUGUGGUUGCCAGGCAACAAAGGUAAACAGCAGGAAGUGGCAGGAUCAUGGCCACUAACUACAGUGCCAACCAGUACGAAAAACCUUUCUCACCCAAGUAUCUGCAGAACUGGUCUCUUGCCAAGCCAACAAAAGAGAGGAUUUCUUCCCAUGAAGGCUACACUCAGAUUAUUGCCGAUGAUCGUGGUCAUCUGCUGCCUUCAGUGCCCCGUUCCAAGGCAAGUCCUUGGGGCUCCUUCAUGGGCACCUGGCAAAUGCCUCUGAAGAUACCCCCUGCUCGGGCAAUCCUGACCUCCCGUACAGCUGCUGGUGCUGCCUCCCUCACCAAAUGGAUACAGAAAAAUCCUGAUUUACUUAAGGCCUCCAAUGGGUUGCGUCCUGAAAUCUUAGGCAAGCCCCAUGAUCCAGACAGUCAGAAGAAACUCAGGAAGUCUAUCACAAAGACUGUACAACAAGCACCAAGUCCCACCAUAAUCCCAAACUCCCCAGCCUCAAAUCUCAAUUCCCCAGAUCAACUCCAAAGCUCACAUCCCUCUGCAGGUCACACUCCAGGUCCCCAAAGCCCACUCAACUCUCCAAAGUGCCCAUCUGGAAGCCCGUGUUUGCCCUAUGCAGGCCGUAAUGUAGCUGAGAUCCAGAAAUGCAAACCUGCAACUCCAUAAGGGACUAAGGGACUGAGUGACUUAAGGAAGAUCCCGCCUUAAUCAGGGAAAUUACAGAUGGGAAUAAAGGCAACUUUGUAAAAUAAAACUUUUUUUUUUGUUCUUAUUGGAGUAUAGUUGCUUUACAAUUUUGUGUUAGUAACAUUGUAUGUUGAAUCUUUUACUGACUUGAAAUUUUUCUCUUCAGCUCUUGAGGUAGGAGGUAGAUGGGCAUCCCCCCCAACUCCCCCAAGGUAAAGCGAUUGGAGAUUCAUUCCCAAUAAACUGAAACACCACUCCAAGAUGAGAACAGCAGGACAAUUAAGGGAGGAGGCUGGGCCCUGCUCAAACCACUUAUUUCUCACUCUGGAAGUCAGGAGAUCUCCCCGACCACACAUGCGCCUAGGCUCCUUGCAGGCAAAAGCGGAGAGCAAUGUCAAGGGAUGCUCUACCCAUAACACCUCUUCAGUAGAAUUUACCUUGGCUAAGAGAUGUGUGCAAUCACAUGAGAAUCCUGAUAUACCACAUAUGGACUGUGAACCAGACAAAUCAAAAUGAUUGGCCAAAGGAAACCAACAAGAAAUGCCUCAUAAAAGUAAUUCAAACUGCUCUGAGGGCGCAAGUCUGGGACAGUCUGCCUGUGUGCCUAUCCACAUGUAUUAUACUUUUUCCUCUUAAUAAAUACCUU